AGGGAUCAUCUUCAGCCCGUGGUGGAAACGAGGACAUAUGGCCGCUGCAGCAGCCAAACCUUGGUUUGGCAUUGCCAAGUAUUGCUGCAUCGUUGCCAGUGGACUUUUCUCCUGAAAACCAGCCUUCGUCAGCAACGAUAAAACCACCUGGUUUCAUCAUCCCGAGCAUGAAUUCCAGUACCCAAGCACCUGGAAAAAGUCCACCAACCUCCAAUGCCCAUUCUGAUUCAUUGGUUCAAAAUCACUUUGGACCAAGCAAGUAUACGAGCAAAUAUUCUGCUACUAAUGGCACAGCUGAUGAGAAGACUUCAUCGAAUGCAAGUUUCACUGGAACUUUGCCUGACCCUGAUCCAGUUUCCCUAACUACAGAGUCAACUGCUUCGUCACACAUUCCACCGGUUAGCCAAGCUUUUCUUGGUGUUACAGAACAAAUGGCACAUGAUAUGACACCUGCAUAUUUUGCUGUGGAGCCAGAUAUUACACUUGCAAAUUCAACAGCAUCAGCUACGAAGGUGCCUGCUGCAACAAAUGUUGAAUGCUCUGGUACCAGUGGUGCAUUCGACAAGAACUCUCUAGAGUCUAACUUUGUGAACUGCAGUGUGGAAGCCCCUAUUUCCACCAUCCAUGACAAUGCUGUUUACUGUACAGCUAUGAAAGAUGUGCCUUCAAACACCAUGCCUGAUAGUAAUGCUAUAAGGGAGACUACUUUACCUAUAACUUCAAGCCUCCAGUCUAUUCCUGCAUACACAGCAAAAUCCUAUGCUACUACAUGGUCUACUUCAACUUCGCAGGCUUAUAUAGUGUCCAACGGCACCACACAGGCUGAUUGCUUAGUGUCACCAUCCCUUGCGGAAAAUGCAUUGAACAGCCAAGUGUCCUGGAUGCACACAUCUGAGCCAUAUGCAUCUGAGCCAUAUGAAUCUGAGCCAUAUGAAUCUGAGCCAUAUGCAUCUGAGCCAUAUGCAUCUGAGCCAUACGCAUCUGAGCCAUACGCAUCUGAGCCAUAUGCAUCUGAGCAAUAUACAUCUCAGCCAUAUACUUUUGAUCUUACCACCUCACAGUCACAUAGUUUGCCUCAAAGUGUCACACUUCCCGACUGCUCGCUGGCAAACGAUUCCCAGAGCACCACUACUGACAUUGCUACUUCAGAAAUUUCAUCGAAGAGCAGCACCAAUAUUUCAAGCAAGCCUAUCGAUAAUAUUUUUCAUUCAUACGAAAGUGACACACCAGUUUCUCAGACUCUCGCACCUAAUCUUUCAAUGGCUGAGGCUGUCACUUCAUCUGAUACAUCGUUACCUGAUUCUUCAUCGUCCUCUAAGCUUGCAUUCAGUACAGCUAUGUCAGGCAGCUCCACAUGUGCCACCUCUAUUUCUCAUCCUAUUUGGCAUAACACUUCAACAAAUUCUGCAAUUUUUAACUGCUCAGUACCACCUCCAUUGUUGUCCACCUCACUUGGUAACAUAAACUGUGGUGGAAUUCCUUGGACAUUCCCUUGGCCACCUCCACAUCCUGUCCACGAUGCUCUACCGAGACCACCUGCUUGGCAUCAGCAUGAACCUGCACCAUGGUCUACACAUGGCCCUAGGGCUGGCGCUUUCAUUUGUAAUUUACCUGGCCAUGGAAACUGUACACCAACGUGCCAUAUUCGUGUGUCUCCACCACCUAGCACACGGCCUCCAGCAUCUACUUUUGGGAACACUCAUCUUCGACUGGGUGCUAGGCCCUCUUGGCCCACUUCAUGGAACCCCUUUUGGCCUGGUCAUGGUCAGUUGACCUGGCCAUGGUCUGCUUGGUUACUGCCACCAUUAGAUAACAGGAGCACUCAGGAAUCGAUCUCUAGGGCAAUUGGCAGGCCUAUGCAGUCUACUUGGCCCCCAGCACCGUGGACUCAGUUGAGGAUGAGAGCUGCAGCUAUGCCUCCUCCAAGCACACAGCCAGUUGCCACACCUACCUUUGGGCAAAUUCUGCACCCACCACCUCAACGACCACCCGCAGCUGCUGAAACUGGCCCAUACCAAGGACAAUCUCUUGCUGGUGCUAAAACUCCUUUAAAACCGACAGCUGACUCAUUGCGUGGCCCAUGGCUUCAUCCUCCGCCUCCUACACCCCGUGAUGGACACCCUGUAGCUCCUCGGCCAGGCUUGCUUAAUAUUCCCUCCACUGUGAAUAUUGCGCCUUCAGCCAGCAUAACUACAUCCUCUUCUUUACCAGUGCGGUCAGAGUCCACAGCCACACAUGUCACAAAAAGCAUUACUGGUCCAUCUUCCCGACACACGCCACUUCCCAUACCACGCCAUACUCCUAAGUUUGUGCAAGGCCGUUGUUUUAAACCGCAGGCUGGAGCUAACACCAAAAUAACUUCAGUUAAUCCUCCACCAAAACUACCACCACGCUUAGCAACACGUCUGAAUGCAAAGCUUUCCAGGCGACCGGCUAGUACAUCAAGCUAUGAGAAUGGUGCUGACACAUCCAAUAUGCCAGAGAUGGGCAAGUCAAAGAUAGCUGUAAGUGAGCCCUGCAAAGAUGCUUCUCAAACUGUUCCUGAAACAGCCCGUCGGCCCUCCAUUAAAACAUCCAAGGACCCUUCUCACACAGUUCCUGAAAUGUCUAGCCAGGAGCCAGCUAAACGCUGUAAAGACUCUUCUCAAGCCGUUUCUGAAACAGCCGGUAGAGCACCUGUUGCUGAUGCUCCAAUAGAACGUCACGGUAAAGCACUGACCAAGACUGGAAGCACUGGACACAAUGCUAAAGGGGGAUCCGCAUGUUCAUCCUUGAGCGUCUCUUCAGGGCAGUGGCGUAGAACUCCCCACUUCAAGAGCACGCCUGGUGUCUCAAGCCACAGCGUGCAGAACAGUGAGCAGAACGGGAGGGCACCACCACUGUUGGAAAGACGUCGUCCGGAGACUUUUCUGCCAUAUUCGUAUGGAAGGAGGAAGAAACGUCGUUAAGCUUCUCAAUGAAUAAAUUUUAUUCAGCUCAGUGCAUGAACAACACAGGGAGAAAAAUGGUGUGAUUGCUGUCAUACUUCUUGUUCCCUGUUGCCACCUGUUGUUUGCUAUCUUGUGUGUUUUCAUGGUUAAUAAAACCCUUUUCAAGUUGUCAGUUCA